AUGGCUACUGGCUCAACCAGUCUUCAACCACACUUGAAAGCCUCGCUUACUAAAGUUUGACGCAAGAAACGAAAUGUGGAAACAGAAAAAAGGUACAAAAACAGAAGAUAUGGUCGCGGGGCUGUAAUUGAUGGGUCAGUUAGUUUGUUAUACAAAAGAAGGGAGAGAGGAAACGCCAUUAAUAGGUUACAGGAAUCCAAUGUCGCCUAUUUCACCUUUUUUAAUCUUUUUUUUCUUCAAUUUCUUUCUCUCUGUGCACGUCGCAUUCGGCGGCGAUGAACAACAACAACGACAACAACCAUCAGGGAUGCCGAUGGUGAAGCUGGAUGUGAUGCAUCGCCACCAUCCACAUGUCGAAGAGAAGCUUUAUGGUGAACGGAGGACUCUGGGAAGCACCGAUCGGUUCAGAGAUAUUCACGAGCACGACCACAACCGCCAACGCUCAAUCUCCACGUCGAUGAAAAUGAGCAAGACGGAUCGUCUGCUUCCUAUGUCGUCAUCUACACCGAUACAGCUGAAAAUAAGCUCAGGCUUCGAUUUUGGAACUAAUGAGUAUUUUGUUCAGUUCAAAGUCGGAACGCCGCCGCAGAAGUUUUUGUUGAUUGUGGACACCGGGAGUGACCUAACCUGGUUGAAAUGUAGAUAUCGGCGGUGCUUGGGAAAUUGCAGCGCCCACGCUCAUCAUAAGAGCCGUGGUGAACACAAAGUGAAAUUCGAUCAUUCGUUUUUAGCGAAUCGUUCAUCCUCUUUCAAAUUGAUUACCUGCGGCUCAGAUUUCUGCCUCGGUGAUCUCCAACUACUCUUCGCCAUCCCGGAUUGUGAAGUUCCUUCCAACCCUUGCGUCUAUGAUUACAGGUAUGUGCGAAGAAUUAGGGUUUAGCUAUGAAAU